UAUUAUAUCUUAAAACUUGCAGGAAAAUAAUAAUAACAGCAGAGAAUGGAGAAGAAAGAGCAUUUAUACAAAGUUUUAGUGAUUGGAGAUCUUGGAACUGGAAAAACAAGCAUUAUUAAAAGAUAUGUCCAUAAUUUCUUCUCUGUUCAUUACAGAGCGACUAUUGGUGUUGACUUUGCAUUGAAAGUUUUAAACUGGGAUGAAAACACUCUGAUACGUUUACAAUUAUGGGAUAUUGCCGGACAAGAAAGAUUUGGAAAUAUGACCAGGGUUUACUACAAGGAAGCUGUUGGUUGCUUAAUUGUGUUUGACGUCACCAGACAAUCCACAUUUGAAGCUGUUUCCAAAUGGAAGCAUGAUCUAGACAGCAAAGUUCAGCUUCCUGAUGGAAAACAAAUACCAUGCGUGCUGUUAGCAAACAAGUGUGACCAGCCAAAAGAAGGCAUGGUGAACAAUUCUCACCAGAUGGAUAAAUUUUGUGAGGAGAAAGACUUCAUAAAGUGGUUUGAAACCAGUGCGAAAGAAAACAUCGGUAUUGAUGAAGCAGCAAAAUUUCUUGUGCAAAAGAUUUUAGAGAAUGAUAAAGCGAAUAACCUUCUACCACCUGACCGUGAUGAUGACGUCAUCGAUUUAAAACAAAAACCACAAGUGAGAGUGACGCAACAAGAGAAAGGAGGGUGUUGCUAGUAGUGUGAAUAAAUGUAUACUUUUAUAUUUAUAUACAUUGAUAUCUAUUUUUUAGUUAUUAUGGUUUAAAUUAUUUUUUGUGCUUUAUAUUACUUAUAUAUCUGUCAAGAUGUCUGUCUUUGUUUCGUCGUUCUUAUUUUCGGCUCAAUGUAUUGUUGAAGAAGUCGUUAUAAUGUUUGUUUGUGUGUAAACAAGGCUUUGUGGCAAUACAGCGCUAUAUGCAGAGCUCAAAUGGACAGGACAAAACUGGCUUUGCACCCACGGUAAAACGUAUACUGGACCAAUAUCGUUUGUGAGGUUACCUUAGGGAAUUAAUAUAACCUUAGGGAAUUAAUAUAACCUUAGGGAAUUAAUAUGCGUGGGAAUUGUAAUCUGCUGGCUUCAAUUUAUGUUCUCUGCUUAAAAGCCUUGUAUCACAGUAUAAAUAUUCUCGCGAAAAAUUAGAUGCUAACUUCUGAAAAAUUAAAAAAAUUGGCAGAAAAUUCCCUUACGGUACCUUGGUAAAACUGUUUUAAUUGUGCUCUGAGUAGAUAGAAGACAAUAUGAAACGUUAAUCUUUCAAAGAAUUUCUAUCGUUAGUUAGAAUUUUUGUUAUUAUAUUUUUUUCUUUUCUAUGCUUCUGAUGACGUUUUGAGUAUUUGUGUGAAUAUAUAUCUUGUAUGCAAAUGUGAAAUAUUUCAUAUAUAAAGAAGAAUUUCUGCAUAGCCAAUACACCUUUCCCGAAUAUAUUUUCUUUGAUAUGCCGCAGCUCUUUCUCAACUUUUUUAAAGAAAAUGAAUGUAAUUUUCGAAAUCCUCACAUGAAAAUUGAUAAAUCGUGAAAUUUUGAUAUUCAUACAUCAAACAAACAACCUGCUACAACAGUUUUUUUUUAAUUUUGUACUAAUUAACCUUUGCUCGAAGAUGAGGCUUAUUAGUACAAGUCGAAAAUUAAGAAGGCUUUGACCGUAACAAUGAUGCCACCAAAACAGCACUUUCCCAUGUCGGAGUAAGUUGAAAUUGAUACACACACUAAUUUACUGAUGCUGAAAAUGAUGUUUAGGUCAAAAUUCCAAAAUUUUAAAAAACAUGUAAUUUGGGAAACGUGUAUUGUUUUUACGUAUUUCAUAGGAAACAUAUUCUUUAACAACUUUCAUAAUACAAAAUAUAUAUCUAAUUUUUCUUUCUUUAACGAUUAUAUAAAGUAUGUGCUAUAGCGUUUUUACGGUUUUGUUACAUCCAGUAACACAAUAUUUUAUGGAGGAAUCGGAUUGAACGGAUUGAAUGGGAAAUUCGGAAUAUUGCAUAAACUCUUUCCCCGUCGCAAUGUUUUUUCUGAACAGAUACGUCUACCACCUAUCUUCCAGUGUGUGUUUAAAUUGUGGUGGAUACUUAGUCUUUAAAAUUUUCAACAUUUGUUGCCGUGAAUAAUAUAGCUUUUAGCAAAAUUCUAGGAAAAACAACUUAUUGAAGAUUUUCUGAGGUUUAUCACUAGUUAUGUGGAAAAAUAAUUUUUUAACGCAUUUUUGGUUUCGAAUACAAGAAAUGUUGCUUUUCACUGUGUUGUUGCACAAAGGUUAACAUUAGAAUAAAGAAAAAUUGACAGGAAAGUAUUGUACGAAAUUUCUAGUUUUGUUGUGGCUACAUGAUUUUAUAAAUUAUUUUUUAUUAUUAUAUGUAAAAACUAUGAUUCGAAUAAUCUGUAUUCGUAAAUACAUUUUUUUCCU